UCCUGUCGUCUCGCUAGCGGACCACCAGCACAUUUACCUCCCAUUCUGUGUGCUCUGCCCUGACAUGGCAACACCUAUGCCUGUACCGGCUGACAUCGGUCUCGGCACGAAAUGAGAACGAAACGAUGCGUUCGUUGUGUUGUCUCGAUAUCCACCGCCAGUUCGUGCCUCCCCUGUGCCUUUCCUGUUCCUCCAACUUCAAAAUCACUGUACAAAGCAGCGAUUCGACCGUGUAGGCGUCGUUGCAUCUCACUGCAGUCACCAAUCAGUCGUGGUAGUGGUGGACCUUCCUCCUUUACCCACGGGCUCCUUCUGUUCGUUAUUUAUUCGCCGAGAGAGGCGCGGCCCGGCAAUGGAUCAACCUAUCGGUCAUCUGGUAAUCCUUGCGAUUAUAGGAGCAAUGGAGGCAGGCGAGGUAGUAGGAGAAAUGCACCGGGCAUUGCACCCACUAAACAUGACCACAAAGAUUUGAUAGUAGGUUGAUGGUAUCCAAUAAAGUAAAUGUUAUACAGUUGCGAGACACAUAUUAGAAGGCCAAAACUGGGCCAGAUAGACGGCGAACCUCGCGUACUCCACUUCCGCUAGGAUAUGAUUGACCGUACCCAUAUCAACGGCCGCUCGUGUCGCCUAUUCUCGAAAUCCUGGCUGCCAGCGAAACGCCGCCGUCUGCCACUUGAAGAAGUUCAC